ACAAUUUCUCACACAAAACUCUCUUAAGCAAAUCAUUUCUUGAUUCUUGUUCUUGACUUGUGUCUCUUAAAACAUUUCUUGUUUAACUUGAAUUUUCUCAAUUAAAUAAUGGCACCGGACAUCACCACCGCCGCCGUGAAUGCCACCGUGGAACAAACCAAGUUUGACGGUGGAAAAGGCCGUGCCUUUGUAACAUUCCUUGCAGGAAACGGUGAUUACAUAAAGGGUGUUGUUGGUUUAGCAAAAGGGUUAAGAAAAACCAAAACAAUUUACCCUUUAGUGGUUGCAAUUUUACCUGAUGUACCUGAAGAACACCGUAAGAUUCUUGUGUCACAAGGUUGCAUUGUUAAGGAGAUUGUUCCUGUUUAUCCUCCACCUAAUCAAACUCAAUUUGCUAUGGCUUAUUAUGUCAUUAAUUACUCCAAACUACGUAUUUUUGAGUUUGUGGAGUAUAGCAAGAUGAUAUACUUAGAUGGUGAUAUCCAAGUUUUUGAAAACAUUGACCAUCUGUUUGAUCUACCUGAUGAUUACUUCUAUGGUGUGAUGGACUGUUUUUGUGAGAAAACUUGGAGUCACACCCCUCAGUAUAAAAUUGGAUACUGCCAACAAUGUCCUGAUAAGGUUCAAUGGCCCUCUGAUUUUGGUCCCAAACCUCCUCUCUAUUUCAAUGCUGGAAUGUUCGUUUUUCACCCUCAUGCUGCCACAUACCAUGACCUCCUUGAAAAAGUCAAAAUUUCCAAACCAACCCCCUUUGCUGAGCAGGACUUUUUGAACAUGUAUUUCAAGGAUAAAUACAAGCCUAUACCUAACGUGUACAACCUUGUGUUAGCCAUGCUCUGGCGUCACCCUGAGAAUGUUGAGCUAGACAAAGUUCAAGUUGUUCACUAUUGUGCUGCUGGGUCUAAGCCAUGGAGGUACACUGGGGAGGAACAGAACAUGGAGAGAGAAGACAUAAAGAUGUUGGUUAAGAAAUGGAAGGAGAUAUAUGAGGAUGAAACAUUGGAUUACAACAACAAUGUUAGAGUGGAACGUUUUACAGCUGCACUAUUGGAAGCUGGUGGUAUUAAAUCAAUGCUUACCCCAUCUGCAGCUUAAUAUAGCUUUUGUAAUUAUUAAUUAAUAAAGUCUAUUAUGAUCAUCAUCAACAAAGUACUUCAUUUUAUUUGUUUUUUGGGGGUUUUAUAGGUUUGAAUUAUUAGGAUUGUAGAGAGGACUAUUUUUA